AUGAAGGUUGAGUUUGCUCCUCGCUCCCUGCCUCUGCAGAGAAGGCUUCAGACAGCAGCUGUGGUUCAAUGGGUCUUCAGCUUCCUAGCUCUAGCACAGUGCUGCACAGCUGCCUUCAUCGCCCUCUUGUUCACCCGUUUUUGGCUGGUCAGUGCCCUCUAUGCCAUGUGGUGGUUCCUCGACAGGGAAAAACCCAGGAAGGGUGGGAGGCGGAUCCACACCCUCCGGAACAGCAUCGUCUGGAGGUACAUGAGGGACUAUUUCCCCGUCACGUUGGUGAAGACAGCAGAGCUGGACCCUAGGCAGAACUACGUGGCAGGAUUUCAUCCCCAUGGGGUCCUGGCAGCUGGAGCCUUUAUCAAUUUCUGCACAGAGGCAUCUGGCUUUUCCAGCCUCUUCCCAGGCAUUACCCCACACCUGAUGAUGCUCUCCCUGUGGUUCCGCAUCCCGUUCUUCAGGGACUACGUGAUGAGUGGAGGGCUUGUCCCAUCCGACAAGGAGAGCGCAUCCUACGUGCUGAAGAAGCCAGAAGGUGGGAACAUUCUGGCCAUCAUCGUUGGUGGGGCACAGGAGGCCCUGGAUGCCCGGCCAGGAUCCUGCACCUUGUUGCUGAAGAACAGGAAAGGAUUUGUCCGCCUGGCCAUCGAGCACGGCACCCCUCUGGUUCCCAUCUUUUCCUUUGGGGAGAACGACCUCUACGAGCAGGUGAGGAACCCCAGGGGCUCCUGCCUGAGGUGGCUCCAGCACCGGCUCCAGCAGAUCAUGGGUGUCUCCCUUCCCCUCUUCCAUGCACGAGGCAUCUUCCAGUACAGCUUUGGGCUGAUACCUUACAGGAGGCCCAUCUUCACCGUGGUUGGGAAGCCAAUUCCAGUGCAGAAGAAGCACAGCCCCUCCAAGGAAGAGGUUGAUGAAGUCCAUCAGAAGUACAUAAAUGAAUUGACCAAGCUUUUUGAAGAGCACAAAGCCAAAUAUAACAUCCCAGAAGACAGACACCUGGAAUUUAUAUAG